UACUGAAGCCAUUCUUUGUCAACUGACUUUUGUUUUUUUGAACAAAAAGAAAAAGCCCAUUAUACAAUAUCUCAGAAAACAGGCCUAGUUCCUCCCAGUAGAAUUGUGCCUUGCAUACUUGGAGUUUUGGACCAUAAAUUGUCUAAAGCCCAUGUGAGUAAACCUAAAUAAAAACUUUUUUUUAGGCUAAAACGUUUUCGAUCAAAUUUUACAAAAACGAUUAUAGUUCCCCACAAUAUUGUAGACUUCUUAUACGCCUUCAACCUCAUAAAUUAUCAUUUGUCUCAAUUCCUUUUGGUUUAGCUUGACCUUAUACAAGAGGUCAACCCCCCUUCCCCCUCUCUCCCCCUUUAGGAAGAAAGGCUCUAAUAAGUGAGAACACUUGACACUCAAUAUUGUUUUCCAUGCUUUUGCUAGUGUGACUGUGGGGGGAAAAUACUGGCUCGGUCUGUGAAGAAUAUAUGAACUGAUAAGUCAUUAGUUUAUAUUUGCAUUGCUAAAGAGAAGAUGGUUUGUAACCUAGCCACUGUACGUUAGUAUUAUCUCCAGUUAAUGGACAUUACACUUGUUACCUCCACCCCCCUCCCAUUCACACUGACCAUUUUUAGGCUCCUAUUUGCCACUUCAGUUCUUAACUGCUUCUAUUUGCCACUUCAAUUCUUUCCCGAUUACAUGGGGCUCCCUUCCCUGGGUUGGGUCAAAUCUGGAGGUGUGCAGUUGUCCCAGUGGUUACAGGCCAUCUUACUCUGUGCUAGAUGGGGGUGGUGUGUUCCAGGAGUGGGGAUGGAGUUCGAUGGAGUGUCAAGCUCCUCUGCUCUGUCGCUCCACCCCCGCGCGCUUGCUAAGGAUUGGUGGAGUGUGCGCGCCUAGAGCUGCCUUCCUGACCUAUCACCCUUCCCCCAAAAGUGCCAGAGAGCUCUUCCAAUCGUGCUUUUCAUGCGCCCAAUCUUGUUUUUAGUUAACUCUGUCUCACUACGACAUGUAUUUUGUCAUACCAUUAAAUAGUCAACCAUGUGGUUGCAAAAGCUUAAUUACCGUAAACCCAGGUUCCUUUCAGUGGUGCCUUCCAUUGGUGUCAGGCAGUCAGCUCACAAUCUAUACUCCACCUCCUGCGUCAGAUGCGGCUCCAAAAGGACAGGCGUGCGCAGCAACGGCGAUGUCUUCUUCAUUUCAGAGCUGUGGAGGCUUCUAGAUCCAAAUAAACCACAGACUUUUCUCCUUACCCUAUUGGCCAGGAUUCAAGAGAGCAGGCCAGGACAAAGCAUUUUAAGCAUUAAAAUAGUUCCUGAAAAUGCUAUAAGGCAGAAAAUCAACAAUUUAAUUCUUCUUCCAUUUUGCUUCAGUAUGUAAUAUCCCCCAAGCAAUGGGAUCAGUUCAUUAUGUUUAAGGUCAAGCCAGUAGCUGCCCUCCUGUCAUGGCAACUAAACUAAAUUCAUACAACUGAUAGAACUUGAAACUAUGAACACGCAAAGCCUUUCUUCCCCCUCUCUUCCCCCAAGCAUCUUUGGGGUUUUCUUUUGAACGCAACAUUUUUUGCAUGAAAGAAUACUAAAUAUAGUCGAUUUAUGUUUGUCGUGUGUUUUGGAAGAACCUGCUACAUUUCCAUAUUGAAAGACAAAUGCAUUGUUGAUCCAAUUUACUAACAAUGUUGUUUCUGAUUCUGUCUCUUUUGGUUUUUUCCUCAACUGAAAUUGUUGUAUAGAAGGUUUCAGGUGGGUGACACUAUACCUGCGUAGGUGCCCGGCGGAAAGGAACACUAGGGGCAGCCUCAGUCUUCUCUUCUUCCAGCCAGCCGCGGCCACCACUCUGACAAAGUCCAAAAAUAUGGUAACGGGUUUGUAACAGCCAGCAAAAGAAAAACCACCUCACUUCAUGCUUGAGCUCCUCUCUUGUGGCAUCUCUUGAAGAGCAAAUGAAAAAGAGUAGCAAAAGAAAUGACAGCUUGCUACCUGAAAGCCAUUGAGACUCAGCCCAACUUUGCUGUGGCGUGGAGCAACCUGGGCUGUGUGUUCAAUGCCCAGGGGGAGAUAUGGUUGGCCAUACACCAUUUUGAAAAGGCGGUGACUCUGGACCCAAAUUUCCUUGAUGCCUACAUUAAUUUAGGAAACGUUUUGAAGGAAGCCCGAAUCUUUGAUAGAGCUGUGGCGGGAUAUUUGCGAGCCCUGAGUCUAAGUCCAAACCAUGCAGUUGUUCAUGGAAACCUGGCCUGUGUCUACUACGAGCAAGGCCUCAUUGACCUGGCUAUCGACACAUACCGCCGAGCCAUUGAGCUGCAGCCUCACUUUCCAGAUGCCUACUGCAAUUUGGCAAAUGCACUGAAGGAGAAAGGCAAUGUGUCUGAGGCGGAAGAGUGCUACAACACAGCUUUGCGUUUGUGCCCGACGCAUGCAGACUCCCUGAACAACUUGGCGAACAUCAAACGUGAACAGGGCAACAUUGAGGAGGCGGUCCAGCUUUACAGGAAAGCACUAGAGGUGUUCCCUGAGUUUGCUGCAGCUCACUCCAACCUGGCCAGUGUCCUGCAGCAGCAGGGGAAACUCCAGGAGGCCCUCAUGCACUACAAGGAAGCCAUCAGAAUCAGCCCCACAUUUGCGGACGCCUACUCAAACAUGGGCAACACGCUAAAGGAAAUGCAAGAUGUGCAAGGAGCGCUCCAGUGCUACACUCGUGCCAUCCAGAUCAAUCCUGCUUUUGCUGACGCUCAUAGCAAUUUGGCUUCAAUACACAAAGAUUCUGGAAACAUCCCAGAGGCCAUUGCAUCUUACCGCACUGCCUUGAAACUUAAGCCUGAUUUCCCUGACGCUUACUGUAACCUGGCACAUUGCUUGCAGAUUGUGUGCGACUGGACGGAUUAUGAUGACCGCAUGAAAAAACUAGUGAGCAUUGUUGCUGACCAACUGGAGAAGAACCGCUUACCAUCGGUGCACCCUCACCACAGCAUGUUAUAUCCGCUCUCUCACGGCUUUCGAAAGGCCAUUGCUGAGCGCCAUGGAAACCUUUGCCUGGACAAGAUUAAUGCAUUGCACAAACCUGCCUACGAGCAUCCAAAAGAUCUGACGGCCAGCGGUGGACGUCUGCGUGUUGGUUAUGUCAGCUCAGACUUUGGCAACCACCCGACUUCCCACUUGAUGCAAUCCAUUCCUGGGAUGCAUAAUCCUGAGAAAUUUGAGGUGUUUUGCUACGCACUAAGCCCCGAUGACAGUACAAACUUCAGAGUGAAAGUCGUGGCAGAGGCUCAUAAUUUCACAGACCUCUCACAGAUUCCUUGUAAUGGCAAGGCAGCCGAUCGCAUUCACCAAGAUGGGGUUCACAUUCUGGUCAACAUGAAUGGCUACACCAAAGGUGCUCGAAAUGAGCUGUUUGCCCUCCGACCUGCUCCUGUACAGGCUAUGUGGCUAGGUUACCCUGGAACCAGCGGCGCUCCUUUCAUGGACUACAUCAUCACUGACAAAGAGACAUCGCCUGCCGAAGUAGUCGAGCAAUAUUCGGAGAAGGUUGCCUUCAUGCCACAUACCUUUUUCAUAGGAGAUCAUGCCAACAUGUUUCCUCAUCUCAAGAAAAAGGCCGUGAUUGAUUUCAAAUCGAAUGGACACAUCUUUGACAACCGCAUUGUUCUCAAUGGUAUAGAUUUGAAGGCCUUCUUGGACAGUCUGCCAGAUGUCAAAGUGAUAAAGAUGAAAUGUGACAACAAUCAGGAACCUGCCACUGACACAAAUGGAGCAUUGUCUAUGCCUGUCAUCCCCAUGAACACGGCUGCAGAAGCAAUCAUCAAUAUGGUCAACCAAGGCCAAAUACAGGUCACCAUCAACAGCUUCACCGUCAGCAACGGUCUUGCCACCACACAGAUCAACAACAAAGCUGCCACAGGGGAGGAGGUGCCACGCACAAUUGUUGUGACAACCCGUUCUCAGUAUGGUCUUCCAGAGGACUCCAUUGUUUACUGCAACUUCAACCAGCUCUACAAAAUUGACCCCCCAACUCUUCAAAUGUGGGCCAAUAUCCUAAAACGUGUGCAGAACAGUGUCUUGUGGCUCCUUCGGUUCCCCGCUGUGGGUGAGCCCAACAUCCAGCAGUACGCUCAAAACAUGGGACUGCCAGCUUCCCGCAUCAUCUUCUCACCUGUGGCCCCUAAAGAAGAACAUGUUAGGAGGGGUCAGCUGGCUGACGUGUGCUUAGACACGCCUCUAUGCAACGGUCACACCACAGGCAUGGAUGUUCUGUGGGCUGGUACUCCCAUGGUUACUAUGCCAGGUGAAACACUUGCCUCACGAGUAGCUGCUUCACAACUCCGCUGCCUUGGCUGUCCGGAACUCAUCGCCCAUAGUCGACAGGAGUAUGAGGACAUCGCGGUCAAACUGGGCUCGGACAUGGAAUACCUGAAGAUGAUUCGGGCACGUGUUUGGAAGCAGCGCAUCUGUAGUCCUCUCUUCAACACCAAGCAGUACACGAUAGACCUGGAGAGGCUUUACUUACAGAUGUGGGAGCGCCACAGCAAGGGCAACAAGCCGGAACACAUGUUUCAUGUCCAUGCAGUAGAAACUGGUGACAGCGCCUGAACUGGAAGCCCUCCUGGAGACAAAU